AUGCGUGGGUAUGGUGCUGAUCUAGAGGUAGGAUCAUGAUCAUAAAGACGUUGUCUUGCCAAACUUCUUGCUUUUAUUCCUUCUGCAGUGGGUCCAUUCAUUUAAUUUUUUUGUUGGUUUAAAUGUUUAACCGUACAUGUUUUUAUCUUCAUUUCAGAGUUUAAAAGAUAAAAAGCUUAAAGGCCAGCUUUCUGUAAAGGAACAGCUUUAUGGCCAAUCUGCGAAAGCUGCUGCAAAAACUGAGAAGGUUCACUUUAUGAUACUUUUUGACAUACAUUACUGAUUUUUCCCACUAUGUAUCAAAAUUCAUGUCUUACAUGGCAAGUAUGCUUUUCUUGAAUCCUGGUUAUGUGAACCGUAGUUGCACAAUUUAGCCAUCUUUUAUUUAGUGCGAUUCUAUUAUUCUCUACUUACUAGGUUUAUCUUGAUACGUGGAAUCGUUAGUUUUAAAAUAUCACACAUCACACAUUUGUUGGCGUGACCGCUGCUUUCCUUUUUUUUCUUGAAUGUUGAGUGACUCUGUUCUUCCUAAGUGGUUUUUUCCCCACAAUUCAGGGUGUAUGUGUGCUAUGAAACUGUCCUGUAAUCUGUUGUAUUAAUUCCUCCUCUUGUGGUGACCAAAUCUCUGCCUUGCUCACCAAUGGGUAUGUAAAUCGUGACUUUUUGUGAGCCUCAGCAUUUGCUGCCUUCACCCUGUCAUGAGUACACAGGGAGGUAAGUUGGUAGAUCAGAAAGUUCUUAAUAGCCGUGAGGGAGGGAUUCCAAAUUAAGUAGAUAUAUGUUUUUCUUCAGGUGUCUGAGAAGUGAUAUGGUGUUAAGAAAUCUAAAGAAUAUCUGAUUGACGAGCUCUGUUUGAUUUUUCGCUAUAAACCCCUUUCCUGAAUUAGAUCAAGAGGAUACUUUACAUGGGAGUCCAUUUCUUUAGAAUAGAAGGGUAUUAAAAUGGAUGCUGCUGCAACUUUCUGGUAACUGGAGGUGGGUAAAUGGCUUAAUGGAAACCAUAAGUUUUGAUGAAAGAGAAGUUAUUGUUGUCCAAGAUAAAGAGCUGCUAAUGUGUAAAAUGAGAUCCACGAAAGAAAAUAUGUUGCGUUUGUGAGAAAGAAAUAAGUGGGUCCAUAACUUAUGGGUAGAGUUUUCAAGCUCUUUAAAAUCGUAAAUCCGAAAUUGAUACCUACUGGUGGCCAACAAAGAACACUAGUGGCAUGAGGGGGUCAUCCAUGGCCUUUCAAAUAGGUCUCUUAAGGCAAGUGUCUCCAUUAAGCAGCCAGGCACCAAUGUCCUCAUGAAGGGGUGAUGGCCUAUCUAAACUUCAAACAGUCAACCUCUGGUGGCCGCAUUGUUAUGUAGGGUAGCAAAAUAGCUGUUAGAUCAUUUUCAUUCCUUGCUUUGCUGUAACAGAGACAGGUUCAGGGAGAUGCAAGGGGGUCCGUAAAUUGUUUGAACAACGACUUCUAGGAACGCUUUCAGUAGAAAGAUAAGAGUUGUGGCUCAACUCGUCAGUUAAAGAUCAUGUGAUGAUGAUACACCAUCAUACACUUGUUCUUAAAAAAAAAUAAUGUGAGCACCAACUUUUGAGGAAAUGUGAGGAGAUACCCUUGUUGAAUUUAAAACUUGAUGCGGAUUUUUUUUGUUUGUUUGUUUGUCUUUUGACCUAGCAUUUAGGCUGUAUGAUGGCAGUAAUAUGAAAAAUCCGUUGUCUUAGUCGCAAUCAUCACUUAUAUUUCCCUUCGUAUGAGGCUGUGGGAUUUUGUGACUUAGUUUUGUUUUUCUUAUUCUGUUCUCAUGUAUUAUUCAAAUAUGAUCAUACGUUUUUGUGUUGCUCUAGAUUGAUAGAAUCUGGUUGGGACCAGCUGAUUUGGGCUAAGUCUAUCUUAACCAAUCCUGAUCGAAUCCCUGCUUUAACACCCUUAAAGUCAUUCUUCACUGUUUAUUUCACAAAUCUGAAAUCAUUUCGUUCCAUUCGUUGUCUAAGGAUUUUAUGGCCAACCCAUUUUCAGAAUUGUAAUCUUUUUUUAGGUGGCACCUGGUACCUGGCAAAUGUAAAUUUGGUCAGGACGGAGUCACAUGAGUGUCAAAGAUGGAAUUAGCAUAAAAAAAUUGGCACAUUCUUUUUGUUUAGUUUUAUGCGAGUUAAAGUUUACACAACCAGGGGUGGUAACCUUCAGAUGCUUUCUGGUGAACUCGAAGGAAUUUCUGUAAAGAGGAAAAUGGCAAGUUUUUCAUUGGACCAUGUGUUCUGAGAUCAUUUACAGCCAAAAACUGAGCCAUGGGUGAAUGUUUAUGCUUAAAGAUAUUGGACAAAAUAAAUGUCAGGAUUCUGGUUGAUGUUAUGACCUUGUUAUAGUUAUGCUAAUUAUUUCCAGUUAGAAAGGUUUGUUUUUUUUAUUUGUUACAAAUUCAUUCUUGGAGCUUCAAGAAUUGCCUUUUUUUGUGAUUCAUUGCAUAACUAAAAGGGUUGUGGGCCCUUAAAAGUUGUUCAUUAUUUAGCUGAUUGAGAUCUGCUAUUUCCACCGUUAUGUGCCCUCAAAGUUGACACUUGUCUUACAUCUUUCAGUGGAUCAUGCCUACUGAGGGAGGUUCCCUGGUGGCUGAAGGUUUAGAAAAGACAUGGAGGAUGAAACAAGAAGAUAUCAUCAGCGAAGUCGAUAUAUUAAGCUCUAGGAAAGCCUGUGAUAUAUCCCUUCGAGGUGGUUUACUUGCAUCUUAUGGGUUUAUUUUGGCAUUUUAGUAGUCACUGUGUGUUCUGUCAUCCAGCAGAUUUCUUCGUAUUGUAUUUUUUUAUGAGGAACUUAGUUUGGUAAUUUCCCCCCGAUGAUGUCCUCAUCAGCACACUUGCAUAUAUUGCAUACGCUGGCUCAAAUUAAAGCAGCUUCAGUUUCGAGAAGCUGUCACACUUUGAUGUUAUUUACGUCAAAAUCCAUGAGGCUUUAUAUUCUUUCCAAGAAAUUACGUAUACUGAAAUGUUUGCUGGUUGUGCAUGGUGUUGCAGAGGCAGUGCUAGGCCCAUACACUCUAGUAUACACCUUGAAUGGACGUAAUAUGCUGAUGGCUGGGCGUAAGGGAGAGCUUGCCACCAUCGACAUGUUGACUAUGAAUCUAAUUAAAAAUUUCCAGGUAAUUCUUUUGUGAGGAAAACUUUAUUUUAGGAUCCAUCAAGAAGAAUGCAAUUAGAGGCUCACGCUGCAGUGCAAUGCAUCCGACAUCGGUGCAAUCAGAAUAAUCCCGAAGAUUAUUGAUGGAUUUUACUGACCAAUGUAUUCAAUUUCUUUUGUAUGGUCGAUGCCCUUAAAUGGUUCUGUAGGCAGGGCGAGGUGCCUUUAUUAAGUGGGAGGUCCUUAAAUAUCUUCACAAAAAUACGUAUUUUAAAAAUAUUUCAACUAAAAGAAAUUAAUAUUCUGGUUAUAGUCACGGCUUCAUGCAGAGGGCAAGGAUGUGAUGCUCACGAGUUUUUAAUGAAUCUCAGGUCAAGGAGACUGUGCGUGAUGUUGUAUUCUUACAGGAUGGACAGACUUUCGCCGCAGCUCAGAAAAAGUAUGUAUUUUCUAAAUAUUUAUCGAUGUAGCAUCAAUUUAUAGCGGCUUUUUGUUUCUUUUAAUGUUUCUCUACUGUGGGUGUAUGAAUGAUUUUAUUCUUUUUUGCCACUGAUUUAUCCGUUCAUCCUUGGUUUCUUUUCUCGCUUUCCCAAAUCAGGUCGCAGGGAUGAUAUUUAUCAGAAAAUCAUCAUUCAUUGCAACGUCAUGCUGAUUUUUUUUGCAUUAAUUAAUUUGUUUGAAGUGUUUUUUUCCUGCUUUUUCUCAAUAAAUAGAGAUUAUUGUCUCCUUCCUCAAAGUAGUAGUUGUGCAUCUUAUACAUUGCAGGGUCUUGAUCUCCCCCAGAUGAUCAGGAGUGGCAGCCAUUUCUAGAAAAACAUAAUUGCCAGACCCUUUUUUUUCCCCAAUUUUUUUUUUAAUGACGUCAUGCAAGAACACCUUUUUCCCUGUAGAUUUUCAUUGAUAUUUGAAACUAUACGUCAAAUAUGAAAUAAUAGUUUUAUUGUCUCCGCUAUCUAAGUCGUCCUUUUACGACGAGGCAGUUGUGCUGGAGCCAUCAUCUCCUCAUCAUCCCAAACGCGUCUAUCACUAAUGGAUCAUCAGCUAGAAAUUAUUAUUUUCUUCAUAUUAUGUCAGAUUUAUUGGUCUUAGAUAAUUUAUUUUCUUGAGCAUGAGUUCCAUCGUCUUGAUCUUGUCAUGGCCAAUUUUACUCAACAGGUACGUGUACAUUUAUAACAGGGAUGGAACCGAAAUCCACUGCCUCAAGGUAGGUAGCUGAUACGAUAUAAUUUUUCAAACAUAAUUUCCAGUAUUUAGUUAGUGUCAUCCACUUUUUUAUCAAAACCAUCUAAAAAGUUAAGUUUUUUUCACUCUGCAUUUUAUUUGGAAAUAAUUGACAAUGGAUGACUGUUAUUUCUCUCCCGCCUGAUGAAAAUCUCCAGGAGCACGAAGCCCCGCAGAGCCUCCAAUACUUGGAGAAGCACUUCCUCCUAUCCUCCAUCAACAAGUAUGGGCAACUCCAUUACCAGGAUGUGAGCACGGGGGAGAUGGUGGCCAACUAUCGGACAGGCCUCGGCGGGGCCCGUGCCAUGCGGACCAACACCUUCAAUGCCGUCAUCGGCCUGGGCCACCCAGGUGGGAAGGUGACCAUGUGGAAACCCACCAGCGUCAAGCCGCUGGUCUCCAUGCUCUGCCACCACGGGCCCGUCACCGCCAUGGCCUUCCACACCGACGGCCGCCUGAUGGCCACCGCUGGCAUGGACCGGAAGAUCAAGCUGUGGGACCUGAGGAAGUACCAGGUCCUCCGCUCCUUUGCCGGGCACGCCAGAACCCUGGACUUCAGCCAGCGGGGCCUCCUCGCGGUGGGCAACGGCUCCUUUGUGGACAUUUGGCGGGACUCUGGUGGCGAUCAGAGCUUCAUGGAUCGGUACAUGAACCACUCCAUGGUGAAGGGUUAUCAGGUGGGGAGGGUCCGCUUCCGCCCCUACGAGGACGUGCUGGGGAUCGGUCACUCAAAUGGCAUUUCGAGUGUUCUUGUCCCCGGCUCGGGCGAGCCCAAUUUUGAUUCCUGGGUGGCAAAUCCUUACGAGACCCGGCAGCAGAGGAGGGAGAAGGAGGUGCGCGCCCUCUUGGACAAGCUUCAGCCAGAGACCAUCAUGCUGGAUCCGGGAAGGAUAGGCACGGUGAGGCCGACAAGGGCGACGGAGGCGGAAGAGGAGGAUGUGGCAGAGGUGGAGAAGGAGGCGGCCAUUGCCGCCGCCAAGGCCUCUGCCUUAAAGCACAAAACCAAGGGUCGGAACAAGCCCAGCAAGAUGCUGAAGAAGAAGCAGGAGGGGAUUGAAAGGGUGAAAAGGAGCUUCAUGGAGCUGCCGCCCGAGCGAGAGAGCAAGAAGCUGAAGAAAACAGAGGAGGUCGAGUUGCCAAGGUCUCUUCAACGCUUUGCCAAGAAGAAGUCCUCAUGA